AUGCCGGAACAAAAGCGUCGCAAGGUCAUCUGCACCUGCGUCCGGUGUGGCGGCAAGGCGGUUCAUCCGCAGACGCAGCGCAACCAUCAGCUGACCUGCGUCCAACCCGUCGAUGCCAAGCCCCAGGACCGCGCCGUGUUGCCGAUGGUCGUAUACAGCAGCCACCGGAGCUGCCCGAAGACCAAGGCGACGGCAACAGUCAGAUCACCACCUACGCCCACAGCCACGCCCACACCAACGCCACCGCCAUCGCCCUUAGGCUUCACCGCAAGCCAGGCCUUCACGCUCGCCAUCAGCGACUCGGACAGCCAAGGGCAAGGCCAACUGGGCUCGGCCCUCUCCAAGCUCGACCCCGGCCGCAUCCUGGCCGACGAGGUGAUGGCGCGCACCUCCGACCCAGCACAGUUGCUUGAUCCUGAGCUGCCCAACUGCAUCAAGGCCUUCCUCUGGCAUGUUGUUCGGCAGCGGUCCCACUAUAGCGCCUCGGAGGCUGGGUGCGAGGCGAUGCUGCGCUUCGGUCGCAACAAUCUCUUGCUGGCGCUCGGGAGCACAGCCAAGAUCCCCGUCCGCUACCCGACUCUGCGCAAGCACCUCGGGCUCGACCGCGACCAUAUCGUCGCCUACCCGGUCUGCCCGAAGUCGACCUGCUCGAGCCUGUCGCCGCCGUUGCCCGAGCAGCCAUCCUUGCCAUCAGCAAGCGCUCCGCCAACAGCAAGCGGUCCGCCAACACCACCGCCCGCGCCUACCUGCAUGCGCUGCUCCAAGGGGCUCCCCCUGGACAGGCCCGUGUUCGUCUACCUGCCGCUCGAGGCAUGGCUACGCGGCCUGGUCCAACAACCCGAUGUGCGCGAGACGCUCGGCGGGUGGCGAGCCCGAGGGACUCCAUCCCCGCCCUUCGCCGACACCACCACGCCUCUGGCUGAUGUCUACGACGGCGAGCUGUGGGACCAAGAGCGACACUUCCUCGACUCCGGCAACGACGGUGACAUCAACCUCCUCCUCUCCCUGUUGGUCGACUGGUUCCAGCCGUUCAACUUCACGGCGGAAUCCUACUCAUGCGGGCCCAUCAUCCUCUCGGUCCUCAACCUACCGUCGUCGCUGCGCUUCAAGCCGGAGUAUCAGCAUCUCGCUGGCAUUGUGCCUGGACCGAGUGAGCCAUCGUGGUCGACAUUCUCAAGCUUCAUUGAGCCCCUCGUUGCCGAGCUUCUGCGCCUGCAGGACAGCGUCCAGAUCGAGCUCCAGGCUUCGUCGUUGCCCACAGAGUCCUCCGUGGACCCCGUCCGUCCCACCCCAUCCACCGGCACCACUGCCUCCACCGCCGUGCUCCGGGCCAAGCUGGUCCUCUUCGUCGGCGACUCGCCGGCCCGCACCAAGGUCUGCGGCUUCAACCCGCUGUCGGUCAAGGUGGCAACGUGCCCGUACUGCAAAGCCGGGAAAGGGGACUUCCAGCAGGUGGCGCUCGGCACUGCUCGGCCUGAGGAUCGCGACCCGGACGAGCAUCAGCAAGACUCGCUCGCCGCUCGGGGCAGCAGCGACGCGGCACAGCGCGAGGCGGCGCUCUCCACUGGCGCCAGGUACUCGGCGCUGUACGAGCUGCCAUACUGGCAGAGUGUCACCAUGGCCCCCGUGGAUGCGAUGCAUGCUGUCUACCUCGGCCUAGUCAAGCGCAUCUGGCACCAGCUGCUCGUCAAGCGCGGCCUCCUCUCCAACCGCGACAUUACCGCUGUGCAAGCUCGCAUCAAGGCCGCCACCGUGCCGUCAACGCUUGCCAAGCUCUCAAUCCGCGUCUGGCGGCUCGCCCACCGCAGCGCAAUCCGCAACGACAUGAGCGACGCCGCCUGGAUCCACAAGGACAACGACGACGCCGAGCAUUGGACAUGGUUGGCCCACUCGGAGCAAGCCGGGAACAAGGCCGCCGAGUCGCAGGUCACCUCGCACGAGGCCCGCUUCGUGCAUCGAGGCUGGCUGUUCCGCGACGUGAUCGUGCGGCUCGCCAUCGUCGUCAACUACCUGCACCAGCGGGUGCUGACACACGCCAACAUCGAGUUUGUUGCUCGACAGCUGCGCCAUCUCCACUGCUGCCUCGCCCACAUCUCGCCCAUUGUCUACAACGGGCACAUCCUCUCGCACAUGGGGCCGCAGCUACGCCGAUACGGUCUGCCCCGCGCCUUCUGGGCGUUCAACACCGAAAAGGCCAACCAGGUGCUGUCGCGGUCAACACGGCCUAGCAACAAGAAGCACGGCCAAGUUGGGCGAUCGCUUCACAAGGCAUGGGGCAACCGCGGACGAGCAGAGCUGAUCAAAGGGCCCUUGGAGGAGCGUCGGGAAGGAGUCGCGCUUGCCAGCCGCACUUGCGAGCGGCAGCGGACGUACGACGACACCAUCCUUGCGCUUGAGGUGGCGCUGGGCUCAAAGAUGACGUCGCCGUUGCCACCCGACCGCUACGCCGACCUCAUCAACAUGCUCCGCCGCACCUAUCCAGCCCAAGACUUCAUCCGAACGACGGUCAAGAUCCAGUCGCGCGCUGUCGAGGUGAGGAACGCCGUGACCACCCACGCCAGCCUAUCGAUCAAGGGGCUCUACUUCCGCUCGUCGGCCGCCGACAUCCUCUCCGCGCCAGGUGACUCGUUCGGCUUUGCUCGCUGGCCGACGGCAGAUGAUCUUGUGCCGAUCCAGCUUGUGCAGAUCUUCAGCCACCAGCACCGGCUACCAGCAACCCCCGCCUCCGCCGACCCCAUCACCACCUACGGCGCCGUCGCGCGGAUCUUCAGCAAGCGAGCAACGCCUUCCUGGCACUCGGCCGACGCAGUCAAGCCAUCUGCGGCACCCACGCAGGUCAGGCUCGACGCCUUCAAUACCGCCAUCAUCCCUAUCGAUGCACUGGUGGCCAACGCUGCUCUCGUCCCACUAGCCAACAGACAAGAGGCGGUCGUCAAGAUGGUCAUGUGA